AUGGAGCUCAUAGCCCAAAAUGGUCUAAGAGUCUCUUUCGUAUCCACUCCUAGAAACAUCCAGACUCCCCAAAUUGCCUCCAAAUCUAUCCCCUUUCAUCAAUUUAGUGAUAUCCAAAGUGGACCAACUCCUCCGAAACGCAAAAUCCACACUCGAUCUUCGCCACCACAAAGUCAAGUACCUCGUGAAGGCCUUUUCCUACGAUCAACUCCAACAGCCCAUGCCUCAGAUUCUCUCAGAUUUAUCUCCCCAUUGGGUAAUUUACGAUUUCGCACCAUAUUGGCUCGGCCCUCUUGCCUCCAAACUCGGCAUCCCCAGAGUCUUCUUCAGUGCCUGCGUUGUGCUUUUUGGGUCCUGUACCAGUGUCAAAGCGCACGAGUGGUGGAGACGAUCGCACAACACCAGAGGACUUCACUCACUGCUAAACCUAAAUGGAUCCCAUUUGAAUCAAAAAUCGGGUUUAAGCUUUUCGAGAUUAACUUCAACGACAUAUCCACCAAUGAUGAAAACGUUCCGACUACAUUUCAUUUUGGAGCGGAGAUUGAAGCUUGUGAUAUCUUGGCUGUGAGAAGCUCUAAUGAGUUCGAACCCGAAUUAUGGAAGAGAUUCACAUGA